GACGCGCCCCUAUUUAGCCGCCCCCACCUCCAUGCCUCCAUGCCCACCACCGCCACUUUAUUCUCCCCUCCGCUUCCACCAAUCCACCACCUCGUCCUCCUCCUCCUCUAGCAGCCUGGCAGCACUGUGGACUAGCCGCCCUCCCAUCCGAUCCCCUACUCGAAGGAUACACCGUGAGUAGGCGUGAUGGUGCUUGAUACCAAUACGUGUUCCCCGUUUUCGUGCAGUCUAACAUCGUUUCAUGCUAAAUCGCAUUAGUUUAAUGGGACGAAUACACUACUUCAUUUGAGAUCAUUGCACAUCCUUUAAGAUUUUAUUCUCUUUUCUUUUUUUAGCAAUAUUACUUUCUAGCUCUUUGGUUUAUGUCCAACAUUUUUGUGUCUGCUCCAAUUUUGCAGGGUCUUGAGUUAAUUGGUUGGGCAAGGAGGUGGUUGAUUCCAGCAGGACCCUUCUCGUGAGCCUAGUCUGACCGGCCUUGGUAUUUGGGGGUUGUUCUGUACUCUCUUUAAUUUGUGAGUUGUGACAGGUUCUUGAAGUGCAAUUGUUAGAGUUUUAGUUGUAGCAGAAGAGAGAAUUUGCUAAUAUGGCGUUGGCAGGGACUUCCAAAGUAGUGCUGGGAUGUAUCGCCUUUGGGAUUUUCUGGGUGAUGGCUGUCUUCCCCACUGUCCCGUUCAUGCCUGUUGGACGGACGGCUGGGUCCCUCCUUGGUGCUAUGCUAAUGGUCCUGUUCCGUGUCAUCUCCCCGGAGGACGCAUAUGCUGCAAUUGACCUCCCGAUCAUCGGCCUGCUCUUUGGGACAAUGGUCGUCAGCAUCUUCCUUGAGAGGGCUGACAUGUUUAAGUACCUCGGUAACCUGCUCUCAUGGAAGAGCAGAGGUAGCAAGGACCUGCUCUUCCGAGUUUGCAUUGUGUCUGCCUUUGCAAGCGCACUUUUCACCAAUGACACAUGCUGUGUCGUGCUCACUGAAUUCAUCCUCAAGGUUGCUAGGCAGAACAACCUACCACCACAGCCUUUCCUUCUGGCCCUUGCCACUAGUUCAAACAUCGGCUCUGCUGCGACGCCGAUUGGUAACCCUCAGAACCUUGUCAUAGCAGUGGAGAGUGGGAUUUCAUUUGGUCAGUUCCUGCUAGGAGUUUUCCCAGCAAUGAUUGUUGGGGUUCUGACAAAUGCUGCUAUCCUCCUUUUGUACUUCUGGAAAUACCUGUCUGUGGAGAAGGAUCAGGAAGGUGGGCAGCCAGAAGGGCCAGAGGUUGUUGCCGACGAUGAGGUUACCUCACAUCGGUUCACACCGGCUAGAAUGUCACAUGUUUCUUCCCUGAAUCCAGAUGAUGUGGAUUGCAUAAGUGAACCAAUCAUCAGGAGCAACAGUGUCAGUACCAGUGUGAAUGAGAACCUGAGGAGCAGAAGCAUCAAUUCUGAGGCUGACAUUCAACUCGCCAUCAAGUCUCUGCGGGCAUCGAGCAUGUCACACGAGAUGGUAGAGGUCUCGACGGUUCCUGAUAGGAGAGAUGAAGGUGCAUCCUCAAGGAAGUUCACUAGAACUGCUAGCCAACAAAGGAGUGUGAUAAUAGAGGACCUGCCACCCUCCCCUGACACCAAUGGGGAAAAGGACAAAGAAGCUGAAGUUGCAGAGAAAAGGUGGAAAAUUCUUGUGUGGAAGACUGCUGUUUAUCUUAUAACUCUCGGUAUGCUCAUUGCACUUCUAAUGGGGCUUAACAUGUCCUGGACUGCAAUUACUGCAGCUCUUGUUCUUCUGGCACUUGAUUUUACAGAUGCACAGGCUUGCCUUGAGAAGGUGUCAUACUCAUUGCUGAUCUUUUUCUGCGGGAUGUUUAUCACGGUUGAUGGUUUCAACAAAACUGGCAUCCCGAACACAUUAUGGGAGUUAGUGGAACCAUAUUCACGAAUUGAUAGUGCCAAAGGUGUUGCACUUCUUGCGGUGGUGAUUCUUAUCCUUUCAAAUGUGGCCUCAAAUGUUCCCACAGUAUUGUUGCUCGGUACAAGAGUGGCUGCAUCAGCUGCCGCAAUUUCUCAUGGUUCAGAGAGGAAGGCCUGGCUCAUUCUUGCAUGGGUCAGCACCGUGGCUGGGAACCUCACCCUCUUGGGUUCCGCCGCGAAUCUGAUCGUGUGCGAGCAGGCCAGGCGAGCCCAGUUCUUCGGCUACAAUCUCACCUUCUGGAGCCACCUCCGAUUCGGGGUGCCAUCGACCAUCAUAGUCACGGCGAUCGGGCUGCUCAUCGUCAUCAGUUACUGAAGUCAGCUGAAGGCAGGCGAUAGUGUACGAGAAGCAGAACGGAUAAAUCCAUCCAAUAAGAAAUCACAUGUAAAAUAGGCUUGUAACUCUCGUGUGUGUGUCAGUAUGUGUAUGCCUCCGUCUGUGUUCUUGCUCAUUUGGCGCUGCUAGCAGACUGCAGAUAGCUGACCGUGUAGCCUGCAUUUUCAUUCCUGAACGGAUGUUGCAAAUAGGGUUAAUGAAGAACGGUAUGAUAAUCUGAUUGCUGAUUUUGUGUUCUAGAUGCUUAA